AUGGCACUUGCAAAGGACAUGGACAGUUUCAUCUCUGUCAAUCAGGAGUCUUAUGAUCCCGAUGGGAAAGACUACUACCUUGGAUACCGGGAGGCCGAUUUAAAGAGGCCGUUUGCCAAGUACUACAAUCCAGUCACCCCGGCAAUCAGCGACGAAGUCCAAAAGGGACUGUCCGCCAGCCCCUGGGCAAGUAGCAUUGGCCAUACCCCCUGGGAGGCUAAGACUUACAUGCUACGGAGUGGAUACACUCUACUCGAAAAUGGAUAUACUACUCUGCCCGAUGGAACUCUUUACAUUGCAGUUCGGACCGCGAUCCCGCAAAUUACCGGUGACGCCUACAAUUGGUGGUUUGGUUGGCACCUAACAGAUACAUCCAGAUACAAGCUUUGGAACCCAAUUGCACAUCAAUAUGCCUGGCGGCAUCCUAACACCAUGGAUUGGUCCAACAAGAGCCUUCCUGAGCGCUAUAUCAAUACAUACUCAUUUAUAUCUGAGUUUAUCGGGAAUGACUGUUCCAAGCUAACCAUCGCUUUCAUUGAUCCCCAGGAGCUAGGGAUUGACAAAUUCAAAUUUGAAGAGCAAGGCAUUGAGGCCAUGGUCGUUGGUCGCUUAAAAGUUGGCGAGCACAUCACAUCUGGUUUUGACAAUAAGUCUUUCUUAAUUCAUCAGGUCCGACGUAAGCCAAAUGGUGAAAGAGAACUUCGAUCCAGGUUUUGGAUUGCCGAUGCAACCCCCCAAGUCGGACAUGACCUUACAGUGCACUGUGCCAUCGAGAUGUCCCGUAAGUCGUGCAUUCACUCCCGAGGGAAAGCAGAGUAUGGACAGCUUAUUGAUAUGGUGGAAUAG